CCGAGGCUACGUAGAGCGGUUGCGAGUCUGCGACCCGGCCGGGGCGGCUGCCGGGUGAGGAAGAGCGAGCCGGGGCAAAGCUCUUGCUCUUUUCUGCCAGGACCCCGUUUUAUUUGCCUCCAGACCUUGGUUUCCAUUUUCUCGCGUGAACCAGUCCAGGCUGCGUUGCUCGGGUUUCCCCCGGGAUUGACAAGGCUGAGGGAAGUAAAGGGAAGGGCGCGAAGCCUGCCGCAGUUAGGAAUCUGAAGUAAACAAGAAUGCAAGAUGUCUUCAAUGUGGUCUGAAUAUACAAUUGGAGGAGUAAAGAUCAGCUUUCCUUGUAAAGCUUACCCAUCCCAGCUUGCUAUGAUGAAUUCUAUUGUCCGAGGAUUAAAUGGUAAGCAACACUGUUUGCUGGAGAGCCCCACAGGAAGUGGAAAAAGCUUAGCUUUACUUUGUUCUGCAUUAGCAUGGCAACAGUCUUUUAGUGGGAAACCAGGAGAUGAAGGGUCAAGUAAAAAAACUGAAGUAGGAUUGUCAUGCUGUUGUACAUGCCAUUCAAAGAAUUUUACAAACAAUGACAUGGACCAAGGAACUUCACCUCAUUUUAUCGGUCCAAGCACACCACCUUCUAAAAGAAGUGGCACUUCCUCAACUUGUCAAGACUCUCCUGGAAAAAAUACUCUGGCUGCAAAGUUAUCUGCCAAGAAACAGGCAUUCAUUUACAGUGAUGAAAAUGAUGAUUUUCAAGUAGAGAAGAAAAGAAUUCGACCUUUGGAAACUACACAGCAGAUUAGAAAACGUCAUUGUGCUGAAAAGGAAGUACACCAUUUGGAUGAAAAUGUUGCUUCUGCAAAGCCCAUAAAACUCAAUUCUCCAUUAGGAAAGAUAAUUUCUCUACAAAAUUCGCCUGGUCACUGUUCUCUGUGCUGUUGUUCCACUAAACAACGAAACAGUCAAGAGUCUUCAAGUACCAGUAAGAAGGAUCCUGGGGGGAAAUCUAAGAUACCCAAAAUAUAUUUUGGGACUCGCACACACAAGCAGAUUGCUCAGAUUACCAGAGAGCUCCGGAGGACAGCAUACUCAGGGGUCCCAAUGACUAUUCUAUCCAGCAGGGAUCAUACUUGUGUCCAUCCUGAAGUAGUCGGUAACUUCAACAGAAAUGAAAAGUGUAUGGAAUUGCUGGAUGGAAAAGAUGGGAAAUCCUGCUAUUUCUAUCAUGGUGUUCAUAAAAUCAGUGAUCAACACACGUUACAGACUCUCCAAGGAAUGUGCAAAGCCUGGGAUAUAGAAGAACUUGUUAAUUUGGGGAAAAAACUAAAGGCUUGUCCAUAUUAUACAGCCCGAGAACUAAUAGAAGAUGCGGACAUAAUAUUUUGUCCCUACAACUAUCUUCUAGAUGCCCAAAUAAGGGAAAGUAUGGAUAUAAAUCUGAAGGAACAGGUUGUCAUUUUAGAUGAAGCUCAUAACAUUGAGGAUUGUGCCCGGGAAUCAGCAAGUUACAGUGUAACAGAAGUUCAGCUUCGAUUUGCUCGAGAUGAACUAGAUAGUUUGGUCAACAGUAAUAUAAGGAAGAAAGACCAUGAACCCCUACGAGCUGUGUGCUAUAGCCUCAUUAAUUGGUUAGAAGCGAAUUCUGAACAUCUUGUGGAAAGAGAUUAUGAGUCAUCUUGUAAAAUAUGGAGUGGAAAUGAAAUGCUCUUAAAUUUACACAAAAUGGGCAUCACCACUGCUACUUUUCCCAUUUUGCAGGGACAUUUUUCUGCUGUUCUUCAAAAAGAAGAAAAAGUCUCAUCAAUUCAUAGUAAAGAAGAGGCAAGAGAAAUACCUAUCAUUAGUGCCGCAACUCAAAUAAUGCUCAAAGGACUUUUUAUGGUGCUCGACUAUCUUUUUAGGCAAAAUAGCAGAUUUGCAGAUGAUUAUAAAAUUGCUAUUCAGCAGACUUACUCCUGGAUAAAUCACACUGAUAUUUCAGAUAAAAAUUGGCUAAUGGUUCUACCAAAAAAUAAGAAACGUUCACGACACAAAACUGCAGUUCGUGUGCUAAACUUUUGGUGCUUAAAUCCAGCUGUGGCCUUUUCAGAUAUUAAUGGCAAAGUUCGGACAAUUGUUUUGACAUCUGGUACGUUAUCACCAAUGAAAUCCUUUUCAUCAGAACUUGGUGUUACAUUUACUAUCCAACUGGAGGCUAAUCAUGUCAUUAAUAACUCACAGGUUUGGGUUGGUACCAUUGGAUCAGGCCCCAAGGGUCGGAAUCUCUGUGCUACCUUCCAACAUACUGAAACAUUUGAGUUUCAGGAUGAAGUGGGAGAUCUUUUGUUAUCUGUGUGCCAAACUGUGAGCCAAGGAAUUUUGUGUUUCUUGCCAUCUUACAAGUUAUUAGAAAAAUUAAAGGAUCGUUGGCAAUAUACUGGUUUAUGGCAUAAUCUGGAGUUGGUGAAGACAGUCAUUGUAGAACCACAAGGAGGAGAAAAAACUGAUUUUGAUGAAUUACUACAGGUAUACUAUGAUGCAAUCAAGUACAGAGGAGAGAAAGAUGGAGCCCUCCUUGUAGCAGUCUGUCGUGGUAAAGUGAGUGAGGGUCUGGAUUUUUCAGAUGACAAUGCCCGUGCUGUCAUAACAAUAGGAAUUCCUUUUCCAAAUGUGAAAGGUCUACAGGUUGAACUAAAGCGACAGUACAAUGACCAUCAUUCAAAAUUGAGAGGUCUUUUACCUGGCCGUCAGUGGUAUGAAAUUCAAGCAUACAGGGCCUUAAACCAGGCCCUAGGUAGGUGUAUUCGACACAAAGAUGAUUGGGGAGCGCUUAUUCUGGUGGAUGAUCGCUUUAGGAGCAACCCAGAUCGCUAUAUAUCUGGACUUUCUAAAUGGGUUCGGCAGCAAAUUCAGCACCAUUCAACAUUUGAAAGUGCACUGGAGUCCUUGGCUGAAUUUUCCAGAAAGCACCAAAAAGUCAUUGAUGUAUCCAAAAAGAAUAGAAAGUAUAUACAGGAUGAGUCUGUGCUUGAAGAAUCCUGUUCGAAGGACAAUAUCCCAGCCAUCUUACUGGAAGCAGCAAGUCACCUAUCACCAGAAAAUCCUAAGGAAGAUCAAGCAACAGUGUGUGUCCAAGAAUUACGACAUCCUAAAGUGAUGAUUCAAAAUCUGUCUCUACCAAGUGGCAUCAUCUCUGGAAAAGAGAAAAAUGAUCCAGUAUUAUUGGAAGAGUCUGUCCAGGCAAAGAAAGCAGAAAAAAAUGUGAUUUCCAGAUCUACAAGCCCAACUUUCAACAAACAAGCAAAGAGAGUUAGCUGGUCCAGCUUUGAUUCUUUGGGUCAGUAUUUUACUGGUAAAAUGCUCCCUGUAUCACCUGGGCUUAGGACAUCAGAGAAUUGUACCUUUAGUGAUUCUACUUUCAAACCAUUAAAGAUGGAAAGUAAAACUGUUUUGCCAUUAGCCAAUAAAUGUGAGUCCUCAAAUCUGAUAGUAAACACAUCAUCUGGACCAUGUCCUCAACCAGGAACCAUUAUUUCAUCACUUAUGAUUGAUGCUACUCUUACUAAAAAAAACUGUUCCAAACAACCACUCUGCUGUGAAGAAUCCUUGGAGUUAAAUACUGAAUUUUCUCUGGUAAAUAAUGAAACUGAACAUUCUACUUCAAAUGGAGCUUUUGAAACAGAGGCGGAAGAUGAAUCUAUCUAUUUUACACCUGAACUUUAUGAUCCUGCAGAUACAGAUGAAGAAAAAGGUGAACUAGUUGAAAGUAAUAAAGGCAAUAUAUUGGCUAAUAAUUCAAAUUGCAUUUUAGCUGAAGACCUUUUUGAAAUUAGAACUGUGAAAGAAGUGGAUUCAGUCAGAGAAAUGAAAGUGGAGGAUCACACAGACACAAAGUUUAAUAGAAUCAUGAAUAUCGAAGAAAGCAAAAUUGAUGACAUUGAUGAUAAUAUAAAAAAAACUUGUAUAAAGGAAUUGGAAUUGGGAGAAACUCAUAGAAUGUAUAGAAAAACUUUUAAACAGUCUCCUUCCAAAAACAAAGGGCUGAGAGUAUGUAGAACAUACAGGCCACGAACCAGGAAAACUACCUGUUGGAGAAAGGGUUUUAUUCAUGGAAGAAAGGACCCAAGUAAUAUGCCUUGCCAGUCAGGACUCUAUUGUAUUGCUUGUGGAACUGAAUUAUUAUCUAAUGUGGAAGGAGGUAGGAACUAUAAAUUUUACUUUAUGCCAUCCUUAGUAUCAUUGUUGGAGAUUAGACAUUACCUUUAAGAAAUUAUUUAGAGUGUAUGUGUGCUUAGAUAUAAAUUAUAAUAAAGUAGAUUGAUGUGUUAUUAUUAUACUUUAAUCUCUAAAGUUGACUGUCAUAAUACAUGAAUUUUUAACCAUUAGGCUUGGAAGCAUAUUCUAACUCCACCUGCUGGCCUACUUUAGAAAGUUAUUU